AUGCACCUGCACAACCAUUUGAAAGAGAUUGUUCUCGACCACGGACCAGUUACUAGCUUUUGGUGUUUUAGCUUUGAACGAUUUAGUGGAAUACUAGGCAGUAUAACAACAAACAAGAGAUCUGUCGAACUCCAAAUCAUGAGAAAAUUCAUACUAAGAUUCCCAAAGGACAUGAAACUACAAAACCAGUUUAAAGGAGAUUUUCUUAAAUUUCGUUCACCUGAUGUUUCACCUUCCGACUGGCUUACGAUCUAUGAAUUUUCUUAUAUUGCAACAAAUGUGCCACUACGUGGAAUAAACUUGUUGAAUAAAUAG